CGCCCCCUAAUUUCAAUUCCUGGGGGAAACAGUGUGGGGCGGAGAGGAGCACCCACCGGCAAAAACAAAAGUCAGUGGCUGGAUUCUAGGUCUCAUUAGCAUAUUCAAAGUGCCAGUAUCCAUAUGCUAAUAUGCACCUAGAGGGCAUUUCUGCUCAGCCCUGUGCCCCCAGGAAAGUGCAUGGGUGCCUCUGAACAUCCCACUCCAUGCCGGGUGCUCAGGUAAUUGAGGUUAAACCAAACACCGGCAUAGAAAGCAUGCUGGGUGCCCAAAUGCCAAUGAAGCAGGCACUGGACUGGGACUCAGGAGACGUAGGUUCUAGUCCCUGCACUAGCACUGUCCUGCUGUGUAACCUUGGGCAAACUGCUUCCCUGAUCUGUGCCUCAGUUUCCCCUUACUCUUUGUCUGUCUUGUCUAUUUAGCUUGUGAGCUCAGGGAGGCAGGCUCUGUCUUUCCCUCAGUGUUCAUGCAGAACCCUGCACAACAGGGCCCUGAUCUCAGCUGGGAUCUCUAGGUUUUACCGUAAUACUGAUGAUCACUUAAACUCCAAAAGGGAGGUCCCAGCGACUGUUUGCACCUGUCUGAGCUUUUGAAAAUGUUGACGCUACUAGUUUAUUUUUCAACUCUCCAAAUCAUGUGCUGUAGCGUCUGGGAAGGGAAGGAAAAACAUCUGAUUUUAGUGUUCUGUGGCUGGAGACUGAAAAUCAGCCUGCAGCCGUAGUGAACAUCCCUAUUUUGAUACAGUAAAAGUGAAAGCAGGGUCCUGCCAUUUCCUCAUUCACAGUCCCAUGUGACGAGCCUGGCAGGGUAAACUGAACUCCUUCUUCUCGGCAUUCAGUCAGAGCAGGAGGGGUGUCAGGGCUCACUUGGGAGCCAACCUUGGGAGGAUAAUUUGGGGGAAUUCUUGCUGCCUGCUGAUCAGUUCAAGAUUCCUGCCUAGAAAUCUCCACUGGGUGAACUCCCAUCAGCUGAGCAGAAUGAAGCUGUUGGUUUGUGUCUUCCUGGCCUCUCUUGCUGCUGCUACUGCACAUCUACACUCAGACCCGACGCUGGAUAACCACUGGGAGCUCUGGAAGAAAACCUAUGGCAAACAGUACAGCCAUAAGAAAGAGGAAGGGGAACGGCGCGUGACCUGGGAAAAGAACCUCAAGCUCGUUAUGCUGCAUAACCUCGAGCACUCACUGGGGCUGCAUUCCUAUGAGCUGGGCAUGAACCACCUGGCAGACAUGACCAGCGAGGAAGUGGCUGCUUUGUUAACGGGAGUGAAACUUCCCCACCGACCUGACCGGAAUUCCACCUACAGGCCACGGCCUGGCAGCAAAGUGCCUGACUCCAUGGACUGGAGGGACAAAGGAUGUGUUACGGAUGUGAAAUAUCAGGGGGCCUGUGGGGCCUGCUGGGCUUUCAGUGCUGUCGGUGCCCUAGAAGCGCAGGUGAAACUGAAAACUGGAAACCUGGUGUCUCUCAGCGCACAGAACCUAGUCGACUGUACCAUUGUGUACGGGAACCAUGGCUGCAGCGGCGGAUAUAUGACCAACGCCUUCCAGUACAUCAUCGAUAAUAAGGGCAUUGAUUCAGAUGAUUCCUAUCCAUACACAGCUCAGAACGGAACGUGUCACUAUAACCCUGCCACGCGAGCCGCCACCUGCUCCAAGUUCGUUGAGCUCCCGUAUGCCAAUGAAGCAGCCCUGAAGGAUGCCGUAGCCAAUAUUGGACCCGUGUCAGUCAUCAUAGAUGCGGCACAGCCUUCGUUUUUCCUGUAUAAGUCAGGAGUCUACGAUGAUCCACGUUGCACUCGUGACACGAAUCAUGCAGUUCUAGUUAUCGGCUAUGGCACCCUGGAUGGGAAGGACUUUUGGCUUGUGAAAAACAGUUGGGGCAUAAAGUUCGGUGACAAAGGAUACAUUCGAAUGUCCAGGAACAAAGGAAACCAAUGUGGGAUUGCCAGCUACGGUUCUUAUCCACAAAUAUAGAGGGACGCUCUGCUUCAGACUGCACUCUUGAGAUGUGGUCUCUUAAACUGCUAAUCUUAGCCUGGCUGUAAUCUAGCUGCUCUGUUUGAGAACAAUGUACGGGCUCUAAUGGCAAAAUCCUCCCAUCAGAUCCAUCUGACAGAUCUGAGAUAAGCAGCCAAAAUGGUGAAUGAUCAUGAUUGGUCUGGUCCAGAAUUUGGGCACUUUUAGCUCAUUCUCCCUAUCCCGCAGGGUUGUUUGUAAUUGAUUAAUGUCUAUGCAUUGCUUUGCGCAUGUGAAGUGCUAUUUUAGUGCCAAGUAUUGUCACUGUCGCUGUCUCAAAAUGUAUUGGAGUGAAGGCUGUGUUGCUAGUCCACGCUGUUAGUGGAGCGGUAGAGUUGCCGAAGCCACGUCACAUGUGAGGUGAAGUAGAUGGAUCAACACAUCUCUAGCCACAUGUAUCAAUUUUCCACAAUACAGGUCACAAAGCAAUCAUUAGCAACCCAAGAGAUCAAGCAAACUAUGGACAUUCCUUGCAGGGGAUAACGUGUUUUCCAAGGCUACACAAAAUUGGGUUGGUAUCUUAUGCGAAGACCUUAGCACGCCAGCAGUCAGAAGCCACGGAGAAGGCCAGCCACGGAACAAAUGCUGCUGCUGUUAUAAAAUGUGACCUACAGAGUGAAGUCUGCCUUUGCCACCUGCAGCGCUUGGACCAAGGACACGGUGCAGAGAUGAAAGGCCUGAUUCUCUCUUGCACUGCACAGCCGUUUACCCCUGUGCAAAGUAGGUGUAUAAUGUUGCUGAAUCAGAAGAGCAGCAGUUUUCAGCCGAGGUAUCCAUGACUGCACAUGAUGCACAGUAGCAGGGAGUCAGGCCCAAAGGCUUUAAAUGUAGCUGCAGGUAUGGGAUGAGCGAUUGAAUGAGCAAGAAUGCAGGGAAAGGGUGAAUCUGGAAUCCACACCCCCAGCUGCAAGUGCCAGCACAGCACUGGGAAUCACAUCUGCUGCCCUGCUCUACUCCAAGGAGCCCUGCUUCCGGAUCUGACCUACUUUGCCCUACUUCGGAAUAUGAUUUGCAGACACCUAUUGACCGAAUCCUUGCGGGAUACAGUUUCAGAGUGAGGUCACACAUGAAAUGCAUUCUCUUCUCUCCAAUUCAGCAGUGAGGUUGCUAUGAUGAUCCAGAUAGAAUCUCAUCUGUAAACAAUGCAUGUAAUAGAAAUUACACAUCCUCCUCCAAAAGGAAAAAAAUAUGUUCAAUUGUCUGAAAAGUUUAGGCUCAGUUUGUUCAGCUGGACCAGGUGUGGGAUACUUAGCAAGUGACAGAAAUGCAAAGUCACCCUGAUUACAGACGAAACUAACUCUCGGGCCCUGAUCCUUCAAAAUCUGACUCAUGAGGGUGGAGCCCUGAAUCUCUGCAAAGCCCCAAGAGGGCUCCAUAUGGGCACAGGGGUCCACUUGAAUUAAUCAGGUUACGAGGUCAGGGCUUUAGUUAAUCCAAGGGAAGCCGGCAAAAAUGUGGGAUCCAUCAGUGUGUUGCAGGGCCACGUAGAAUAAUGAUCACAGGUGUGACAGGACUGAGAAAUCACAUCUUUGUCAAAAUAUAACCAUUUGGGGA